AUGGACACAUCCAGCGGCUCCAAACCCGCGUGCGAGUGCGCGCGGGCCGCGGGGGUCCAGCGGUGGGUGCCGGCCCUGUGCCUGCUCCUGUCCCUCAGCUCCAUCACCCUCUGCCUCCUGUUGAGCUUCAGGACCUCCAAGAUGGAGCAGCGGCUGCAGGCGGAGAUCAGCGCCGUCCUCCAGCCCGCGCGCAGGUCUCUCCAAAACCAGGACGGGAGCCUCGUCCCGGAGCUGCGCGCCCCGAUAGGGCAGCUGGUGGAGGAGAAAAUGGUGUCUCUGGAGCCGAAGCUGCGGACAGCUAGAGACGUUGGUCAAGAGUGCUCCUGUCCUCCAGGGCCUCCAGGGAAACGUGGACGGAUCGGAAGAAGAGGAGAACCCGGGCCUCCUGGCAAAGCUGGACGGGAUGGAUACCCGGGUCCACUUGGCUUGGAUGGCAAACCGGGUUUACCAGGUCUAAAAGGAAGUCAGGGACUGCCUGGACCCAAGGGAGAGAAGGGUGACCAAGGAGACAUCGGGCCAAGGAUGGUUUUCCCGCGGUACGACCACAGCUUUCUGUCUGGAGAGCAGUCCAGCAGCUUUCAGAGACGCUUUCUGAAGGGUGAUCAGGGUCAAGCUGGACCUUCUGGUCCUCCCGGUCCUCCUGGUCCACCUGGGCCCCGCGGACCCCCCGGGAACACCGGCAAGGAUGGGCCUCGUGGUCCCACUGGAGAGCCGGGUUUACUCGGCCGUGAUGGUGUUGAGGGACCACAGGGGCUGCCUGGGAGGCCGGGAGAGGAUGGCGAGCCCGGCUAUCCAGGCGUGCAGGGUCCUGCAGGUCCAAAGGGAGAGCCAGGUGUUGGUGAAAAAGGAGAAAGGGGCAUGGAUGGACUCCCGGGCUUAAAGGGUGAUAAAGGAGAGACAGGAGCGCAAGGACCUGAGGGACCCAAGGGGGCCGCGGGCUCCUCGGACAUUGUCGACUUCAACGGCAAGCUCCUCGAUGCAUUCCAGGGCCCACCUGGACCUCCUGGCCCUCCAGGGGCAAAGGGUGAGCUUGGUUUACCUGGACCGGCAGGCGUCGAUGGAGAAAAGGGGCCCAAAGGGGACACAGGUGAUCCAGGACAUCCAGGUGAAAGAGGAGAGAAGGGAGAGUUGGGUCUGUCGGGGCCUGCUGGUGUGGACGGACAGAAAGGAGAAAAAGGCGACUGCAGGCUGGACGACAACCUGAUUCAGAUGAUUUCUCAGCCGGGCCCACCUGGCCCUCCAGGAGUACCCGGGUCCCCAGGAUCUACGGGGCUGCACGGGAUGCCUGGUCCUAAGGGUGAGCCAGGAGUUGGGAUGAAGGGAGAGAAGGGGGAUGCUGGUGCUGCUGGACCCAAAGGACUAGACGGCCAUCAGGGUCCUUCUGGGUCCCCUGGGUUGGUGGGACUUCCAGGUGCAAAGGGAGAAAAAGGCAGACCAGGGGAGCCCGGGUUAGAUGGUUUCCCCGGUCUGAUGGGAGAAAAGGGAGACCGAGGGGAAAAAGGAGAAAAGGGGGACAGGGGAUCAGUAGGGAAGAGAGGUCUGAAAGGCCCCAAAGGAGAACAGGGUCCUCCAGGACUGGACCAACCAUGUCCUGUGGGCUGUGAUGAGACUAAAGGUCUCUCUGUGAAGACAGCACCUUCUCCUGAAACUCCUCCUCUUCCUCCUUCGGGCCCUGAGGCCCCCUGUCCUGUGGGACACGAUGGCCUACCAAUACCAGGCUGCUGGCAUAAGGGGCAUUUUGAGGAAAUGACGAGGCAGAAGCUCAAACGCAAGCGUCUCUCUCAGCCCUGAGAAGAGGGAGAAAGUGGAGAAAGGACUGGAAGAUUUGAGCUGACCCUGAAGCAGAGCUUGCUACCCAAUGCCUCUGUGUCACACUGGGAUCUACCAUUGAGGGACUUCUCCAAGACGAUGGUGGGGGGCACGGUUUGGUGACUGAACACUCUGUUUCCAAAUUUCACCUCCGAGGAAAAGACAAACCUGUUGCUGAUGACGUCGAGCUACAGAUGGAAGUUAUUCGGGAGUCACUGGCACAUAAAGGCAGAUUCUUUGGAUGUGUUACGAUGAUAUUUUGUAUGAGUUUGGUGUAAAAUAUUAAUGCAUGAUCAGCAUUAUUUAGCAUCCUGGCAGCUCGGGAGACUUUUGGCCCAGACGAGAACU